AUUGACCAAUCAGACAAGGUUUAAGGAAUUCCAGCCAAUCAAAUUACAGAGGCCAAGAAGCAGUUCAGCCAAAAAAAACUUAAAGCAGUCUGCAGGCAGGCGCUAAAGGCAGUGACUGUGUAGUGAGAUGUCAGAAGGCAAACAACGGUUUUACAAUUAAAAAUGCUAAAUGCUAAGAUUUCAGACAUCCAAAUUUAUAGAAAUACAGGCUGAUGGUCGACCAGUUUCUCCAUACUUAUACUUGUCAGGGAGCUGGCUCUUAUUGAUCCUGGCCAGGCCAUCUGUGAGCUGCUUCCUCACUGUUUCCCCCAUCUGCCUAUCUGAGAGGUCUGGUGUGUGGGUUCGACCCAGGCUGCAGACUGGUUGAUUUACCAGCAAUGGAUUUCCUCACCACCUGCGACAAAGAUGGUAUUGUCACUUCUAAUCCCUUUCCUGAGGGACAGGUUGUGUGUUUUGGCGGGUUUGAUCUUCAUCCUCGCUCACCACACCAUCUCGUCAAACCUCUUCAGCAGUCUUGUUGUACAUGUUCCUGUCUGGAGAAUUGUGGAUAACCUCAAAGGCUGCAACAAACAGGAUGGGAGUGAUCGAAUAUCCCAUGGCAAUGCCUUCUUCCAGCUGUUGCCAGCCUGUCUUGAAGUCCUGAUGGGAUGCAACUCUUCUUGAUUUCUUCAAAGUACUUGGUCACCAGGGCACGAAUGGUGACAGGGAUCCAGCCACACCACAUGCAGGUCACAUCUCUCUCUUUUUGAUCUCUGGAUCUGCUCUCAUAUGACUGCAGAGUGUUCCACGCUACCUGGGAAGCCAGGCACGCCUGCCUUCUGGCAGCUAGUGUCGAUGAACCCAUUGCUUAGGAGGUAGGUGGUCAACCUCUUGGCCAGGAUGUAGAAGAAAAUCUUGCCCUCAACAUACAGGAGUACGAUGCUUCUGAACUGGCUAGUGGUGGUGGAGUUUGUUUCAUUCAGGAUGAACACUGUAACAGCUCGUAGCCACUCUGAAGGGAUAACCUUGUUCCUCCAGGCCACUCUCAGGAGGUUCCACAGAUAUUUUAGAUUAGAUUAGAUUCAACUUUAUUGUCAUUACACAUAUACAAGUACAGUGUAUCGAAAUGUAGUUUAGGUCUAACCAGAAGUACAAUUAGCAAGUGCAGGAUAUACAGUUUGAAUAAAUACUGAAUACAAUAUCAGGAAAAUAGUAUACAAUGGGCAUGUGCUAUGAAAAUACUUUACAGAAGGAAUGUUCUAUGACAAAAUGACAGUCGGUAUGUACUAUGGGCAAUAUAUACAGAAGGCUAUAUACUGUGAACAUUAAUGUACAGGUGGUUAUGAACAGAUAACAAUUUAGACUAUACAGUAGUGCAAGUGAAUCAAGUGUGCAUUAAUUAUAGAUAUUAGCAAUUAAAGUUGCAGUGCAGUAGAUAAGUUAAUGCAGUUAUUAAAGUUCUACCAGAAAGACUCAGGAAAAAUAGAACGAUAAAUAAUAUUUAUUAAACAUAUGUUAAAGAUCUUGGGACCCUGACCUGGUGGUGGUGGUGGGGAGGAUGGAGGUUUCACUCAUGCGUUAGUUUCUGCGAAGAAAGGGGAGGGUGAGUACCAUCCUUUUAUACUACAAGCUUAGGGAUGAUAGGUUAACCGGUAAUUGAUUAUGAUGUGAGGAGUCUUUCUGAUAGAACUUGCGCGGAAGCUUACAUUUACGGUGCAGUAUGAAUGAAGUUAUUAAGGUUACAGUGCAGUAGAUGAGUUAAUGCAGUUAUUGAAGUUAUAGUGCAAUAGAUGAGUAGAUGCAGUUAAUAGAGUUACAGUGCAGUAGAUGAGGUAAAGCAGUUAUGAAGGUUACAAUGCAGUAGAUGAGGUAAUGCAGUUAUGAAGGUUACAAUGCAGUAGAUGAGGUAAUGCAGUUAUAAAGGUUACAAUGCAGUAGAUGAGGUAAAGCAGUUAUGAAGGUUACAAUGCAGUAGAUGAGGUAAUGCAGUUAUGAAGGUUACAAUGCAGUAGAUGAGGUAAUGCAGUUAUGAAGGUUACAAUGCAGUAGAUGAUGUAAUGCAGUUAUAAAGGUUACAGUGCAGUAGAUGAGGUAAUGCAGUUAUGAAGGUUACAAUGCAGUAGAUGAGGUAAUGCAGUUAUGAGAGUAGUCCAUUAGUGCAAAUGAGCAUUCAGUGUAAUAUUCCUGGUGUGCAAGUGAGCAGAAUAGAGUGCAAAUUAUGCUAUGUGUGUGUAAACAGUCCGGUAGAGCAGAUACAUGAAGUACUGGUGUGUACAGUUCAGUCAUGCAUGCAGCCCAAACGAUCAUUUGUUCAUUUUGGCGGCAAACGAAUGUUUGAUGAAUCACGCGUAAACCCUGUUGUUAAACGAUUUCUUCACAUGGAUCUGCGCUCAUUUCUAAGUUAGAUCGAUAAAUGAGAUCCAAUGUCAUUCCUCUUCAAUUUAUUAAAAUUAUCUAUAUAACGUCAUCUUAGAUCACUAUAUGGCAUACAUGAAAUGAGUGAAGGAUAAGUUAUUUGGUUUCUGGUCAGCACCUUUCCACAUGCUUGUACAAACUGUAUACAGAAACUAAUCUUGUAAUGUCAAUAGUAACAGCCAAUCAAGUCAAACAUUCCAGGCAAUGUGCUUAGAGGAUGUGCUGACCAGCUGGUAUGGUGGUUUUUCUAUUAUAGUGUUGAGUUUUCUUACAUAAAAUAAUAUAUUUAGUUAGUUAUAGGUUUCAUGUAUUUUUUAUUGGGAAUCAUGUAUAAGAAUGAGCUCAUGAACACCUGCAUGAACAACAAGCAUCUUAUCUUAGUUGCACGGACACCACACAUCAUUUUUAAUAAGGAAGUUUGAUUUGUUGCUCUAAACAGUGAGCUCAUUUUAACAAAGCUGAUGUAUGAGUUUGAACAUUUGAACAUCUGCACACACACCAAAUAUCUUUGAACACUAAAAUGUACUCCCCACACACUUUUGUAAGGAAGUCCAAUUAAAUCACAACCAAGGACACUUGGUAGCUCAUUAUCGCUAGACCAUGAGCUAAUAGAAACAUGGUUAAAUCAUAUAUCGUCCGAAACCCCCAGGAAAGUGUCAAGAUAAAGAGGCACCUGUUUUUGAGGGGCGUACGCAACCAUUAAAUCCUAAUAUGGUAGGCCAGAACUAUGAACACAGAGGGACUGGAUGACGAAAAGGUGAUAUCAUAUGAAAACUGAUUGGAGGAAGAUGAUGUCAAGUUAACAUGAUUGGUUUAAACUGUGAUAACAACUUGAAAACAGUGUAUAAAAAUGAGAUGUGUAUUCGUUGGGCAUCUUCAGAUGAACUCUGUAUGUCCCUCUUUGACUUGUUCGAGCAAAUUAAAGAUUGAAACCUUUGAAACUUGGCUCUUUGGUCUUCGUGAUUUCUCUCAACAUUUGAUGAUCAAAUUUGCCACGACACUGGCAGAUGUCAUCACUGACAUACAGUGUACAGUGUAUUUAUUUGAAUUUAAAUACGAAGCAUUAAUAUUGAGCUUAUUUCCUUUUAAUUGUUUACUUUUAUCAAAAGCAUAUAGCCCUACAAGUUAAAAUGAAAAUACAUAAAAAUCAAAAGCUCUGAAUGUGCUGUACUUGAAGAACAUGGAAAGCUUUUUUUCCAUGUGUUGUUUACUUGUACAAAACCCAUGUUAUGUUGUUAAUGUCUCUCAUUAAAAUGCUUGUACAAACAGUUGGCUACAAAAUAAUAACAGGCAACUUAGCAUAUGUGUUGAGUCAAUGAUAAUAGACAAUCAAUUCCAGUAUCUAACUAUCUAUAACACUAUGAGUACCUCCCAAAAUUCCAAGUAAGUGUAUUGUAGAACAUACAUUCUUAUAAAACACGUCAUUUUACUCUGUUGUUUACAUGUCAAGAAGAAAAAGGUAUAAAAGUGGGAUUCUUCAUACAGCUUCACUCAAUCCUCAUUAAAGUUCUGAAAGCAAGAAUCCAAAAAGCGAUUUAUCAUGGCAGUAAUGAGAGGUCUUGUGCUUCUUUUCUUGGUCUUUUCUGUGGAGAAUGCAGCAGCUGAAGACUGUUCAUUUGGAUGGACACCUUUUGGAGUUGAAUGUUUCAAGUUCUUCCCCCAGGGAGUUGACUGGGUCGGAGCAGAGAAAAAUUGUCAACUCCUUGAUGCAAAUCUUGCAUCUGUGCGCAGUAAAGCACAAAAUGAGUUUCUCCUGAGUCUAGUAACUGUUAAGGCACAGGUUUGGAUUGGAGGUCAUGGAGGUGAAGUGGAAGAACAAUGGCUGUGGGCUGACGGAUCUCCAUUUGACUACACCAACUGGUGCAAUGAACAACCUGACCAUAAAGCAUCUGAGCACUGCCUGGAGAUAAACUAUACAGAUAAACGUUGCUGGAAGGAUCAAACCUGUACUGCCUCAUAUGGUUACAUUUGUGCUCGAGACCGCAGAUGAAAAUUCUGCAUACAGUACAUGUUUGAAAACACCAUAUCAAUUCUAAACUUACAUAACUUGAAAUAUGUCUCAAAACAAUAAAAGCAUUUCAAAAGCAAAUAA